AAUUGAAUAUAUCCAUGUCAAAUCUAUAUCGGAAUCCGAUAUUUAUACUAGAAAAUGCUCAUGCCACAGUCAAACAAACAAUCAACAACAUGCCUAGCUAGUGCCUAAUGUGAUCCCACCAGUGGUGUGUUGUAUGCUCAGACCUUACCUGCUCAUGCAACCUAUUUGAUCUUUGGAUAAAUCCCACAGCAGAACUGUCUGAAAGAAGAAAAUUGAAGAAAAGAACAAAUUUUGAUGUUGUUUCUACAUCUGAGAAUUUGACAUCAUAUUAUAUGCUUCAACCUUCUUAUCUGUGAUUCAUCUCAGGUGCAGUUUAUGAACCGGAAAAUGAGCGACGCAAAGCGGAAAACACUCUGUGACUUCUUUCCUAGAUCUGAUAUACCAACAAAAGGGAAAAAUCAUGACUGUGAACCAAGAAAUGCAAAUCCGAGGAACGUGGACAGAAGUAACUUAGGGAAGGAGCAUUUUGUCAAUGAAGAAACAGCUUAUCGUACGACGGCAACGUUUUUCUGUCAAUCCGGUACAUCUCCAAAGUCGGUAGAAGCCGCGCACUUCAAAAAAUUAACUGCCUAUCUUAAUCCAAAAUUUUGUCCUUCAUCUGCCAUUCUUUCACGGUAUUGCUUGGAAUUGUACGAGGAAGAGAAAGCAAAAGUUUAAAGAAAUUUUGAGAAGCUUGAAUGGACGAGUUAGCCUCUCAGUUGAGAGGCAAACUUAUAACAAAUUCAAUGACCCUGGCUACUGGCCUACCUCAGAUUGUGAGGAAACAUGUUUUGAUUUCAUUUGCAUAAGAGUUCAUUUUAUUAGCGAAGACUGGAAGCUAAGAAGUUGGGUUGUUAGCUUUAAGUCUUUCGAUGCAUAUGACGAUUAUGUUGGUGAGACAAUGCAAUGUCUUUCAGAUUUUGGUAUUGAAGAUAAGAUAUGUGCUGUCACUGUGCAUAGCUAUCUGGACUUUGAUGAGGUUAUUGAUGUCAUUAAAAGCAAACUUCUUGAGAAGAAAAGACUCCAUCCAGACGGACAAUUGUUUCGUGUACCUUGUUGUGCAGACAUUUUCAAUUCAAUGGUGAAAAGAGCAUUUGGGAUGAUAGAGGGUUUAAUCAGUGACAUUCGUCACAUAGUAUGUUGGGGCAGAUCACUACCAGUGUGGAAUGUGACAUUUCAUAAACUACAGGAAGCAUUGGAGUUGGAGGCUAAAGGAGAAUACUUGAAAACAGAUGAUUAUAAGGGUUAUCAUAUACCUUCUCCCCGAGAGUGGGAGAAAGUUAGGGGAGUAUGUAAACUUGUAGGACAUGUCUAUACUGCAGCAGAAGUGUUAUUAAUGGCAAAACGUCCCACUGCAGGCCUCUACUUCCACAAUCUUAAUAAUCUUCGAUUUAAUCUGAUGAAAGAUUCUGCAAGUUCAGAUAAAUUUACUAGAAAUUUAGCCAAUAGCAUGUUGGAAAAGUUUGACAAGUAUUGGAGGAAUAUGUAUUUGGUGUUCGCUCUAGCUACUAUUAUGGAUCCACUCUACAAAGUGAAGUACUUAGAGUUCUGUUUCUUGAAGUAUAAAGAUAAUGAUCAUUCACCGCUGGCGUCUAUCUUGGAGUCCAUCCGAAGCCUUCUCCAUGACUAUGUGGUGCACAAGUCCUCAAUGGAGUAUACUAUCAGUGAUUCAGGUUCUGAAGAUUUUGAUACGGGUGAAGAUCUCUUUGAACAGAUGGAAAUUCUUGAUGAUGAUAGUUUUGGAUUUGACUGUUUAGAUGAGUUCAGCAAAUUCAUCCAAACAACUAGUCAGCCACCAAAAUCAGAACUUGACUGCUAUCUGGAAGAACCUAUUGUGCCUUGGACCAAGAACUUUGAUGUAUUGAGUUGGUGGAAAGCUGCUAGCCCCAAAUAUCCUGCACUAUCAAAUUUAGCUCGUGAUCUUUUGUCAAUACAAUUGUCUCUUGUUACAGGCUAUGAUGCUUAUCUCGCCGAUGUGGGUGAACCUGAUAGAAAUAUUAGAUCAGUGGAGUCAGAUUUAGUGAAUGCCUUGAUGUCUACAAAAGCUGGUUUGACAAACAGCGUUGCAAUGCUGGUAAUCACUGAUUCUUCUGUUCUGUGGCAUUCAUUUCUUCCAUUAUUUAAUUCUUGA